AUGGCAGAGAGGAGACGAAUGGGCUACAGCGUGAACAGGGAGAUCAUGGAUGAAGGAGAAGUGGAUGAGGUGGCAGAAAAGUCUGACUCAAAAACAUCUCUUUCUGAGAGGGUGAAAAAGUCAAUGAGGUGUUCUGGUUCCAGGUUGAAGAGCUGCCUGCUGGGUAGUGUUCCUCUUGCAUCAUGGCUGCCUCGAUACCCCAUCAGAGAAAAUGCCCUGGGUGACCUCAUCUCUGGAAUCAGUGUGGGGAUCAUGCAUUUGCCGCAGGGUAUGGCCUAUGCCCUGCUAGCAUCUGUUCCCCCAGUCUUUGGUCUUUACUCCUCCUUCUACCCAGUCCUCAUCUACUUCAUCUUCGGCACGUCCAAGCACAUCUCAGUCGGAACAUAUGCUGUGAUGAGUGUGAUGAUAGGAGGGGUGGCAGAGCGUUUAGCCCCAGAUUCGAAGUUUAUGGACUGGAACAAUGUGACCAACUCCAGUAUAAAUAUCGCUGCCCGGGAUGAAGAGAGGGUCAGAGUGGUUGCGGCUGUCACCUUCAUGUCUGGAUUAUUUCAGAUUCUGCUAGGACUAGUCCAGUUUGGUUUUGUUGUGACCUACCUGUCUGAGCCACUGGUGCGAGGUUACACCACCGCAGCUGCAAUCCAUGUCAUCGUGUCCCAACUUAAAUACACCUUUGGCAUCAGCCCUGAGAGACACACUGGACCUUUGUCAUUGAUAUAUACUGUGUUGGAGGUGUGUUAUCUCAUCCCAAAGACAAACAUUGGUACUCUUGUGGUCAGUAUUGUCACUACAUUAGGUCUCAUCAUCGCCAAGGAGCUCAAUGCAUACUUUAGUAAAAAACUACCUGUUCCUAUACCUGUGGAGCUGCUUGGUAUUAUUAUUGCUACAGUAGUCUCCUGGCAAGUUAACUUGGAGGGGAAAUAUGGAGUGGAUGUGGUGGGAGAGAUUCCCUCAGGUCUCCAGCCGCCUGUUCUCCCAGAUGCCUCUCUGUUCACUCAGGUGAUCGGGGAUGCCUUCGCUCUGUCUGUGGUUGGCUACGGCAUCGCCAUCUCACUGGGACGCAUCUUUGCCCUAAAAUAUGGAUACACUGUGAACAGCAACCAGGAACUAAUAGCCCUGGGUCUGAGUAACUCCAUUGGAGGAAUCUUCCAGUGUUUUGCCAUCAGCUGCUCCAUGUCUCGCACCAUGGUUCAGGAGAGCACAGGAGGGAAGACACAGGUUGCUGGGGCUCUAUCAGCAAUAGUUAUCCUUAUCGUCACGCUCUGGAUUGGAACUCUCUUUGAAGAAUUGCCAAAGGCAGUGCUGGCCUCCAUCAUUUAUGUGAACCUCCAUGGCAUGAUGAAGCAGUUCAUGGACAUCCCUGCACUGUGGAGGAAAAACAAAGUAGACUGUUUGAUCUGGGUGGUCACUUUCAUCCUCACUGUGCUGUUCAACCCUGACAUGGGACUGGCUGCUGCCAUCGGUUUCUCCAUGCUCACUGUCAUCUUCAGGACACAGCUACCUAAAUACUCACUAUUAGGGCAGGUCCCAUACACUGACAUUUACAAGCCACUGGAGGACUACAAUCAGGUGAGGCAGGUCCCAGGGAUUUUGAUCUUCCGCUCUUCUGCCACCCUCUACUUUGCCAAUGCUGAGAUGUACCAAAAUGCCCUUGGAGAAAAGUCUGGCAUAGACAUUAUUAAGAUCCUGUCAGCAAAGAAGAAACUAGAGGCCAAAAGGAAGAGGCAUGAGCAGAAAAAUGCCAAGAAAGCCAAAAAAGCUGACAAGAAGAAUACAGUGGACAUGGAGGGGGAGCCAGAGAGGGAGGAGCAGAAGGACAUUGCCAUCAUCGAGAUGGAUGCUGAGCCCGACCCCUCACUCCCCAGAGCCAUGGUCCUCGACCUCACCCCUGUCAACUUCCUGGAUACCGUGGCAGUGAAGACACUUUGCAGCAUCCGGAAAGACUAUGGGGAAAUUGGUAUUGAGGUGGUUCUCGCUGGCUGCCAAACUGGUGUGGUGGAGAACCUGCAGACUGGAGGUUUCUUUAACGACAAAGUGACAAAGUCCUGUCUCUUCUCCACCAUCCAUGACGCCGUUUUGCACUGUCAGUCUUCCAGAACACAGAGCCUAGACCAGAUCCUGUCAGCAAAGAAGAAACUAGAGGCCAAAAGGAAGAGGCAUGAGCAGAAAAAUGCCAAGAAAGCCAAAAAAGCUGACAAGAAGAAUACAGUGGACAUGGAGGGGGAGCCAGAGAGGGAGGAGCAGAAGGACAUUGCCAUCAUCGAGAUGGAUGCUGAGCCCGACCCCUCACUCCCCAGAGCCAUGGUCCUCGACCUCACCCCUGUCAACUUCCUGGAUACCGUGGCAGUGAAGACACUUUGCAGCAUCCGGAAAGACUAUGGGGAAAUUGGUAUUGAGGUGGUUCUCGCUGGCUGCCAAACUGGUGUGGUGGAGAACCUGCAGACUGGAGGUUUCUUUAACGACAAAGUGACAAAGUCCUGUCUCUUCUCCACCAUCCAUGACGCCGUUUUGCACUGUCAGUCUUCCAGAACACAGAGCCUAGACCAGGAGAUCAAAGCGACAAAUUUCUGAGUCCUGAGAAGAACGACGGAGGAUAUUAUGAGAAAGUGCCAGACACUCUGUCUGUAUAAGGAUUUUAUCCAGUGAACUUCAGAUAACUCCUGUCAGUCACAAAUACAGACACACAAACACACACACACACACACACACACACACCAGACUACAGUGGUUCUCUAAGUGGGGUCCUCGAGAGGGUUUCAGGGGGUCCCCAGCAAAAAAAGAAAUUAAUUUAUUGUCAAUAUCAUUCCAUCCAUAACUAACACAGUGACAAGAUGUAUGACUGUUUUGGUCAUUGGUUUUAUAAACUUUCUGUAGUCUAAUAAAACAUAUAAAAGCAAAAACCCUAUCAGAUGAGGGACCUUGAGUCUGUGGUCUAAUUUGUGUCAGUUUAGGGGUCCUUGAUGUGAAAAAGUUUGAGAACCACCAGACUACACCAUAAUUACAUUAAUAUACUGUAUAAUACUGGAAUACAAUACUGGAGUGGCCUGUAUAAAUCAAAGCAAU